UGUCAAUUCGGUUAUUUGAGCUUGCGUCAAUAAGAAGUACAUUAGACUCUACUUUGUUUAUAAUUUUCGUUUUAUAUAGAACACAGGAAAGCUCAAUUUGUUUUUUUCAAUUGACAAACACUAUGAAUUUGAAAAAUUCCAAGUUUUAUAAAAGAAUUCAGGAGCUGCGCAACUUCUCAAAAGAGAAAAUACGUAAGGAUAGAGAGCAACGGGGCCUGCGCAGCCCAGUCAUACGUGGCGUAGAAAUGGCCUUGUCUGAGUCCAAGUGCGUUGCCCCAGUCAUUGAACUGGAAUGGUCCCAGCUGGCGGGCCCUCUGCAGGAGGUCUGCUCGCCGCGCCGCCGUCCAUCCCCGUCCAAGCCCAAGCAGAGCAAGAAGAAAUCGAAUGCAUCGGGAGAGCCGCGCCUGAGGGGCGGACAAGGGUUUCACCCGGUCAAGACAAUCGACUUGAAUAGUGAUGCGCCAGUCGAGGGUUAUAUAGAUCUGAAUAAUUUGCGUUUUCGCGUGGCCUGCACACCACGAAAGGAGACGUCGCCACUACGCGAUGAGGCACUUAGAGUUAGUGAUUCAAAGAGUGCAAUUUGCGUGUCCAAUUCGCGUUACGCCAUGAUUGGGCGUAUAUCCAAAUCGUUGGGUUAUAAACUGGUUAAAGAAUCCAAGUUGUGGAAUAUACUGUGGUCCGAUUCAUUUCCCGGCGUCGAGCUCUUCAAGAACAUGAAACGCUUUCAGCAGAUCAAUCACUUUCCGGGCAUGAUCGAAAUAUGUCGCAAGGACCUGCUCUCACGUAACUUAAAUCGCAUGCUCAAACUGUACCCGCACGAUUACAAAAUAUUUCCAAAAACCUGGAUGUUGCCCGCCGACUAUGGCGACGCCAUGCACUAUGCUCAGAAUCACAAACGUACGUUUAUCUUGAAGCCGGAUUCGGGCGCUCAGGGUCGGGGCAUUUGGUUGACCAACGAUCUGAAGACCCUUGGACCCAACGAGCGACUCAUCUGCCAGACUUAUAUACAUCGACCGCUGCUCAUCGAUGGCUACAAGUUUGAUUUGCGGGUUUAUACUCUGAUUACAUCCGUGGACCCCUUGCGGCUUUAUGUCUACAAUGAGGGUCUGGCGCGGUUCGCCACCAACAAAUACGUGGAGCCCACUCCGGGCAAUGCCCACGAUCUGUACAUGCAUCUGACCAACUACUCGGUGAACAAGCGCAACUCCCAGUACGAUCUGUGCGACAAUGAUGAUUGCGGCAGCAAGCGGAAGCUGAGCGCCAUCAACAACUGGAUGACCAGGCAUAACUAUGAUGUGAGCGAGUUCUGGUCGAACGUGGACGACGUCAUCAUCAAGACCGUGCUGAGCGCGUGGCCAGUGCUCAAGCAUAAUUAUCAUGCCUGCUUUCCGGGUCACGAUACCAUACAGGCCUGUUUCGAGAUACUCGGCUUUGACAUCUUGGUCGACUGGAAGCUGAAGCCGUAUAUAUUGGAGGUGAAUCAUUCGCCCAGCUUUCACACCAACGAGCAAGUCGAUCGCGAGGUCAAGAGACCACUCAUAAGGGACACCCUAACCUUGGUCAGCACCGUGCUGGCGGAUAAGAGGCAGAUCAUGCGGGAGGAUCGCAAGCGCGUCAAGCAGCGCCUGCUCAAGUCCAAGGGCGAUAUCGUGCAACGGUCGCGCGUCGUUCCAGCUGCGUCGAAGGUGUUGCCCAACAAAGAAGGCAGCCCGACAAACAAGGAGCAGUCGCCAGAUCCGGAGGUCGGCUCACUGGCCCAGCAAAUUGCCUGGGAGGAGAGCCACAUGGGCAACUUUCGUCGCAUUAUGCCACCUCCAGAUGCCAGUCGAAUCAACUACUACGGCAAGUUCUUUGGACAGACCAAUCUGGUGUCCAUUUUCCAGGAGACGGCGGCCAGCAAGAAACGCGAAGAUCUCGCACGCAAGAUGCGCCUCCAGAUCGAGGAGAAGAAGGCGAAACAGGAGCAAAUGCUAAAUGCGCGCAGCAAGCGCAAACGUUUGAUCCAGCCACGCUUGGCACGCGAGAAGCAUCGCUUGACGCUCUUCCGACUGAAGGAGAACUGGUCACCCGGCUACGUCUCCGAGGCAGAGGAGCGCUUGCGCAAUACCUGGCAGCAGAUGCGCACCGAAGCCAUAAAGAAUCAAAAAAUCACAGAGAGCAUAUAUUCAUUGCUUUUCCAGAAUGGACAUUUAAGCAACACAGAUAUCACCACUUUUCCAAAUUUGUAUCACUAUUUGCAAUGUGGUUUUGAUAUAACGGGAGCAACGUGAGCCACAGUGCAUUGGCAGCGACGAGGGUUGGUUGAGCAGUUGGGAUAGCAGCGAUUGUCAGACUAUAUAGUAUAAAAUCAACAAAACCCCAUU